UCCAUUUAGUUGCAAAUAACACAAAGUGUGAGAAUUUUAUCACAUUAUAAAUAUAAUCGGAAUCGCACGAGCUAUAUUCAUUUAGUAUCUAACCUCGUAUGACAUUAGAAGGAAAUGUUUCAAGCCGCUAUAAUAAUUGUUCUGGCAAUAGGCAGCAUAGGCUGCAUUCCUAUUGAGUCAUCAUCUAGCAAUGUCGGACUAGAUCGGCCUUCUCCCAUCAACCCGGAAGUUGUCAGUGAUCCUAAACCAAAGGAAACCUUGGUGAGUGCCUCAGAAAAGCCAAAAUCGGGGGAGAGCUGGUUACAAAAAAUUCCUGCAAAGGGAGACAAGCUAAGUACCGAGCUGGAUCAAGCUGAACCUAGCAUAUCGCAAGAACCAAAAGCAAAACGUCAAAUUGAUCAACCGGAGGCUCCCAUCUCCAAACCAGCAUUCAAACGAGACCAGCAAAUAACCACAACGACAAGUAGUCCAAAGCGUUUGAGCACAACUACAGCUGAACCGGUGUCUCUAAAGACACCGAUUGUCCACACAUCCGGUGCUAAAACAAAACGAAGUGCAGAUGAUGGUUCAUCUACCAGCACUAACAGCACUCGCCCAACCAGCACUCGAGCACCGCUCAUCAGUAGUGACAACAGUGACAAUGAUAACAGCGGUCCACAUUUCGUACGACCGGUUCCAGUGGAACAGAUUCUGAAAAAUAUUCACGAGGGUAGUCGAGCCCAUCAACCAUCACCAAUUGUGUUGCAUCACGACGAAAAUAAAACUGAAGCAACGAAUGUAGCUAGUGAUACUACAGGCAGUAGUAGUGACAAAAAAGUAUACCAUAAAGCAGCUAGUAAGAAAUCGGAAUCUGAAGAACACGAGCAGGAGCACGAUGACGAGGACUCAUCAGAGGAAAAGAAAGUUCAAUGAGAAUAGAACUUUCAAUUAGUGAGACAGACUGUUGUGAUACGAACCAACGUAUUACGGUUGAUGAAAGAUUGUAGCAGAGAGCAGACCGACACGUUCAAUAAAUGAAAAACUAUGUCUAUAGUUCCACAAAUGGGCCUAACUGCAAACGAGAGCCCCUCUUAGUUUACUUUUUCUUUUGAUAAUUACGGAGUCGUUCCCGAAAUCUUUGGAAAGUUUCCAAUAUAAAUCUAAAGCUUGUAGAUUUAACUGGAAAGUUAUUCGAAGAGUAAGACGUCAAAUAUAAAAUAAAUUCGGUAAAUCGUGAAAGCAAAACUAACAAAGAAAAACUGUCAUUUUCAGUUAGGACCUUUUGUUUUUGAACUAUAGAUAUGUUGUUUUCACAAGCAUCUUUUUUUAAA